CUCGAUGAUCUCAUAGCGAAGGCAAAGAGUAAUGCGAAGGCCAAAAACCCAGCGACAAAGUACUUGGGUCGCUUUCGAUUAGCGUGCAAGAAGGAAGAUAUUGAGCAGAUUGAGAUGCAGUUGCAUCGUGCCGUGACCAAUCUUAAUCUGGUAAUGACGACAAAUUUAGCCUACCAUCACCCAAGAACUCGUCUUACUCCGGAUGGAUGUCACUGAUAACAAAAGUGUUUCAACACAUCGAAUGUCCACCAAGAAGCCUUAUCAACGAAUCCAAUCGACGUCAUAUCACCGCCAAUCCACCUCAAGACUGGUCUAUAAGGGUGUUCUAGGAACCAUCGCUGCCAAAGUAAGCUCAGAAUCCGAAGAAAACCUCGAGGCAGAACAUUCCACAAAGGCGUAUACCAGAGAAGAAAGGUCAUGGUUCAUCAUCCCGUCGUUCUUUUCCCGGUGUGUGCAGAUACAGUAUUCGAGCGCUUUCGGAUCAGCUGAGAGGGUCUUACGAACUUACCCAAUCAUUCGAGAUGAUCAUCCAGUAUGGAAGAUGUGUUCGCAAAACGAUACCAUCGGCCUACAACAACUGUUCAGCGACCGCGAGAUUUCGCCCUACAGUGUUGACAGCCACGGAGCAACUUUAUUACACGACACUGUACAUUGGUUCAACGUCGAAACCAGUGCUCUAUUACUCAAUUUUGGAGUGCAACCCGGUGUGGAAGACGCCCGUGGCAGGUAAGUGGUUGUCUUUCCAACCUCAAUCUUUGGUUCGUGCUUAGAUUUUUGUUUGAUAAUGGAGUGUCAUUGGAAUGGAUCGCUGGAAACGUCGUUUGAUAUACAGUACCAAUUCAGAGUACCGAA